AUGCAUUUCAUCGAGAAAAAAGACUCUAGGCGCAAAAAACACAACAAAAGAGUAACACUCUCAAAGGGAAUGUUCUGUCGCUCGCAAAUCAUCUUUACUGCCGACAAUGAAGAAGACGAGCACGAAGAGUUUGAAGACUGGGAAGAAGAAAUGGCCAGUGAUGCCGAAGAUUCUGAACAUUUAGACGGUUCUCACAUUUCACAAGAAACUACCAGCUCACCUUCUACCAUUUCUCCGGGCGUCGCAAAACAGAAUCAACGACAGAUUGCAGAGUCAUCAGAACAGCAGGCUCCUGAGCAAAUCUCUCCUGAUAAUUAUCCAAAGUUGUCUCCUUCUGGUCAACCAUUGUCUCCAUCAAGUCCGGCACAGGGUGACGAGUGGCAAGGAGCAGCAGGUACCCUCAGACGUCUGUUCUCGCGCGGAAAGAAGGACAAGCCAGAACUCGUCACAAAAUCGUCCAACGGCAGUUUGACCGUACCUAGUCAUGGCGAUGAUUCUAGUUUAGGAUCCAAUGUGUCGAUUGAAUCGACAGUCUCCUCAGAAGGCUCCGCUCAUGAUCCUACCCCCCUCAUCUUUUCUGCAAAUCGGUCCAACACUCAGCUUACUGUCCUCCGCGUAUUUGCAGGAAACAUCAAUGUCAGUGCCACAUUCAACACCGUUCUUGUAGACGAACACACGAAUGCAGACCAAUUACUAAAGAAAGCUAUGGAGAGAUUUCACAUCACCCAAAUUGAGGGCAAGGCUGCAAGUGGAAUAGAGUAUUAUCUGACUGUGAAAGCCAUGGAUGGAGAUGAAAUCACCCUGGCCCCAUUGGAUAAACCACUGGCUAUUUUCAAGUCUUUGACCACUCAUCUCACGACACCUAUGCCCUCCUUGACUCACAUCAAACAGCUAUCUCAACACCUGUCGACUGUUGAAGUCACCCGAGUGGGUGUCUCAAAAGCACGACAGAGAGCAAAGGCUCGAUUUGGAGAAGACUCAGUGAUUCGAUUCUAUUUGCACAAACGUAUCAGACGUAUAAAUGAGCGUGAUGGUCUGGUAUAUGUAAAACUAUCCUAUUAUGCCAAUAUUCCGAUAGACGAGAAAAAAGACACCAGCCUGCGCUCUCCAUUCUCCACAAAGUCUUUACGACUAAAAUCAACACCAAAGCCGCCUAAGACUGUCUCACGAAGUGAACGCAUUGACAAACUGGUGGCUAUCUCCGCCAAUAUUACAAUCGCAGACCUAACGCUCAUUGCACUUGACAAGUUUCACAUCGUUCACGGCGAUAAAGACAUUACUCCCAAAAAGAACGAGGCUCCGGAUAGAUACCGAAUGACCCUAUCAAUCAAUGAAAAUGAGAAAUCACUUAGAUCUUCAAGUAGACUAUCGGAAAUAUUGAUAGACUCUAGACUUAUACCAAAGGGAACAGUCGAGAAGCGAUUUGUCCUGCGAAAAGUAAAGGAGAGUGUUAAUUCUUCACGCCAAAUUAACCAAGUACGCCCUGUCACAAACCAAGAUCUCAACCUUUCUGGACCGCCGCUCUCACUUCAAACUAGUCGCUCACUUGUAGCAGGUUCAAUGUUAGAUUCAAGCACAGAAAGCGUCUUGAAACGUCUUGAUGCCGCUUUGCUUUCUAUGGAGGCUGAGAGACAGAGAAAACCACUGUCAAAGAACGAAGGAAGUUCUGGAGUGGCUGGGGGACCCAGAGUCCAAGACAGUGAAGUACAGAGAACGCGAAAUUUGUUGCACCAGGCAGCAAUGUUAGAAAAGGAGAGAGGCGGCAAUAACCCGAUUAAUGGACCAACCCUUGCAUCUUUGCCAAGUGCCGAUGUAUUUGAUACUAAUAAAAACCAGCCAACCAGUCUGUCUAGUUUGGAUGAUCUUGAAAAGGAACUCCAGCGUAUCAUUGCCGCCCAUGCGUUCUAA